AUGAUUCAAAACUUCUAUUGGGGACAGAGAGGUUCGGAGAAGCGAGUGCAUUGGGUGAGCCGAGAAGGUGUGGUAGUGGCAAAGGAAGAUGGAGGCUUGGGAUUCCGAGAUUUGGAAGGCUUUAAUACUGCUUUGCUCGCCAAGCCACUGUGGCGGUUACACCAGCGAGAGGGGUCCCUCAUUGCUCGUAUCUUGCGUGCCAAAUAUCAUAGGAACACCUCUGUAUUGGACGCGAGAGUAGGCCAUAGGCCUAGCUUCAUCUGGCGAAGCAUCAUAAGCUCGCAGGACUUCUUGAACGAUGGGCUACGAUGGAGGAUCGGUAAUGGAUCGAGUUUGAAAAUCUGGGGGGAUAAAUGGCUUCCGAAUGAAGGGGACAACUACAUUACUUCUAGGCCAAUGGGACUCCCCGUGGACUCCACAGUCCGGGAAUUGAUCUCGCAGGAAGAGGAGAAGUGA